AUGCCUUAUCCGCUGCUACUUUGCUCCUGCUCCUCUUCCUCCUCCUCUUCCUCCUCCUCUUCCUCCUCCCCCUCGUUCCUUCCUCCUCCUUCUUCGCCCACUGCCUCUCCUCCACCUCUCACUGUCUUUCUCCUGCAUCUAGUUCCCUUUGGGUUUCUACUCUCCCCAUCUUCCUCGGGGCUCAUCCUCCUCAUCUUCCUAAUCUUCGUUGUUCUCGCUCGAAUCCCCUUUCGCCACUGA